AUGGCCAUCCAAAGCCAGGAUGAAGAGGGCCCCGACAUUGAAGACAGUUUUGGAGGCGACGGCGAAGAUGGGCUCCUGGCGCCAGGAACUGGGAUUAAGAUGGCCCAGCAUCAAAUCAAGGAGAGAAAAAGAGAAAGAGAGAGAGAGAGAAAGAGAAAAAGAAAGAAAGAGAAAGAGAGAGAAAGAGAAAAAGAGAGAAAGAGAGAGAAAGAGAAAAAGAGAGAAGAAGAGAAAAGGAGAGAAAAAGAGAGAAAAAGAGAAAGAGAGAGAAAGAGAAAAAGAGAGAAAGAGAAAGAGAGAGAAAGAGAAAGAGAAAAAGAGAGAAAGAGAGAGAAAGAGAAAAAGAGAGAAAAAGAGAAAAAGAGAGAAAGAGAAAGAGAGAGAGAAAAAGAGAGAAAGAGAGAGAAAGAGAAAAAGAGAGAAGAGAAAGGGAGAGAAAAAGAGAGAAAAAGAGAGAAGAGAAAGGGAGAGAAAAAGAGAGAAAAAGAGAAAGAGAGAGAGAGAAAGAGAAAAAGAGAGAAAGAGAAAGAGAGAGAAAGAGAAAAAGAGAGAAAGAGAGAGAAAGAGAAAAAGAGAGAAGAGAAAGGGAGAGAAAAAGAGAGAAGAGAAAGGGAGAGAAAAAGAGAGAAAAAGAGAGAAGAGAAAGGGAGAGAAAAAGAGAGAAAAAAAGAGAAGAGAAAGGGAGAGAAAAAGAGAGAAAAAGAGAAAGAGAGAGAAAGAGAAAGAGAGAGAAAGAGAAAAAGAGAGAAAGAGAAAUAGAGAGAAAAAGAGAGAAAAAGAGAAAGAGAGAGAAAGAGAAAAAGAGAGAAAGAGAAAGAGAGAGAAAGAGAAAGAGAAAAAGAGAGAGAGAGAGAAAGAGAAAAAGAGAGAAAGAGAAAGAGAGAGAGAGAGAAAGAGAAAAAGAGAGAAAGAGAAAGAGAGAGAAAGAGAAAAAGAGAGAAAGAGAGAGAAAGAGAAAAAAAGAGAAGAGAAACGGAGAGAAAAAGAGAGAAAAAGAGAGAAGAGAAAGGGAGAGAAAAAGAGAGAAAAAGAGAAAGAGAGAGAGAGAGAAAGAGAAAAAGAAAGAAAGAGAAAGAGAGAGAAAGAGAAAAAGAGAGAAAGAGAGAGAAAGAGAAAAAGAGAGAAGAGAAAGGGAGAGAAAAAGAGAGAAGAGAAAGGGAGAGAAAAAGAGAGAAAAAGAGAGAAGAGAAAGGGAGAGAAAAAGAGAGAAAAAAAGAGAAGAGAAAAGGAGAGAAAAAGAGAGAAAAAGAGAAAGAGAGGGAAAGAGAAAAAGAGAAAGAGAAAGAGAGAGAAAGAGAAAGAGAAAAAGAGAGAAAGAGAGAGAAAGAGAAAAAGAGAGAAGCGAAAGGGAGAGAAAAAAGAGAGAAAAAGAGAAAGGGAGAGAAAAAGAGAGAAAAAGAGAAAGAGAGAGAGAGAGAGAAAGAGAAAAAGAGAGAAAGAGAAAGAGAGAGAGAAAAAGAGAGAAAGAGAGAGAAAGAGAAAAAGAGAGAAGAGAAAGGGAGAGAAAAUGAGAGAAAAAGAGAGAAGAGAAAGGGAGAGAAAAAGAGAGAAAAAGAG